CUCAUCCUCAUCGAGGACUUAAAAAGUUUCUAAACUAUUGAAAGCCCUCUCUGUAUUAAACUUUUCUCUUGAAAAAAUGGUUUUUAAGUUCUUAAAAUUCGGUAGAAAUAACCGCCCACCUGCGGUAGAGUCGCCCAAAAAUACUGUCCCCGCAUCUGAAUCAGCAGCCAUGGAAUUAAUCUUCCGCUGCAGUUCAACUGCAUCAGGAGAGACGAAAGAAAGAGUGAUUCUAAAUGGCUACAUUUCAUCAAAAAUUGAUCAGUAUUUACAAGCCGUGGACAAAAUUCAACAACAGACAGAGUCCGGAACGAUCUCAAUUGACGAUCAGAGCAAACCCAACAGUGUGAUCCGAAUCGCUAUGGUUCAACUUGAAAAGGAAUUUCGAGUCAUCUUAAUCAGCCUCACCAGUCCAACCGAUACCAAUCCAAGUAGGUCUUCCACAUUUUCGAGUUCCAUAACCGAUAGUUCUCUUAGCUACGGCGACUACGAUUGUAUAGAGUUGAAUCCAAAGAAAAAAGAUGACCUCCGCAAUAUUGCUGAGAGAAUGAACUCUGCCAGAUGUCUUGACAAGUGCAUCCAGGUGUACAAGAGUGUAAGGAAGACUUUCUUGCAUGAGAGUUAUCGAAAAUUGGGAAUGCAGAAUGCAAGUAUCAAAGACAUCCGGAGUUUGGAUUGGGAAGCGUUGAAGGCGAACAUCGAACGGUGGAUACUUGUUGCUAAGAUUUGUGUUAGGAGUCUGUUUCCAAGGGAGAAAACACUCCAUGAGCAAAUUUUUCGAGGUCUUGUCAUGGAUGAUGCCUGUUUCGUGGAAGUGGUUAAAAAUCUUCUAACUCAGUUACUUACCUCCGGUGAAGCCAUCAUCAUAUGCACAAGCAGCCCAUCAAGACGCCCAGAGAAGUUAUUCAAAAUUUUGGAACUCCAUGAAUCGGUGUCAGAACUUUUGCAUAAUUUCGACAUCAUUUUUCAGUCCAAAUCAUUUGAAUCAAUCCAAAUUCAAGCUGUUAAGAUGCUAAUGCAGCUUACCGAGGCUUCAAGAGAUAUUCUAUCAGAAUUUGUAACUACCAUGCUUCGCGAGGAGUCGAAGAUUCUGGAUAACAGAGGUAGCAUUCCCAGCUUGACAAGGUACGUCAUGAGCUAUAUUACUUGGGCAACUUUCUAUGAGGAAAAGCUAAAUAAAUUGAUGGUAUCAAAGCCAUCAGAGCUCAAAGCUAGGAGAAAUUCCAGUGUUGUGACAAUUCCAGAUAUAGAUCUUCCAGAACUUGAUGAUCGCACUCCACUGGUGAUCCAUUUGAUUUGGAUCAUUGAAAUUUUACAAUUCAAAUUGGAGUCGAAGUCCAAGCACUUUAAGGAUGCCUCUUUGGCUCAAAUUUUCAUGAUGAACAACGUACACUAUAUUGUUCAAAAGAUUAAAGAUUGCUUGAAAUUGCAAGAAAUGGUUGGGGACGAUUACUUAGAGAAGCUAAUGGCAGUGACUAGUUAUCGGAGAUCAACUUAUGACAGAAUCAUCCGUUGCUUUAGAGGGGAAGGAUUGUACGGGAGUGGGAGUACAUCAUUUUGGAUGUCAAAGAGUGCGUUGAAGGAUAGGUUGAAGACCUUCAAUGCCAUGUUUGAAGAGGUUCAUCGAACUCAAGCAACAUGGUUCAUAUCGGACAAGCAUCUUCGAAAGCAGCUUCACUCUUCCAUAAUAGAGUAUUUGAUUCCAGCCUACAGGUCCUUUCUCGAGCUCUUCAGGAGACAUAUAAGAAGUGGAAGUCAACAAGAAUACAUCAAGUACUCGGUUGAGGAUCUUGAGGCUUCCAUUUGGAGUUUGUUUACGGAAGCCUAAUACACCAGGAGAAGAUCUCAUGAUUUACCAAUUUUAUGUGUUAACAUAUUCUAUUUUCUUCUAGGAACGUUAAAUAAUUCAAUGGAAUAAAUUUUGUUUUAAAUUUUACUUUCAAUUCUUAAAAUCCAAUGAAAGUAACAAGCCACCAGUGAUAGAGAGACAAAAUGUUCUCAUGGACUA